CCCAUCUUGAGUCGCUCGCUUGAUCGUCAGCAAAAUUUCUUUCUCACCAUGGCGGAUCAGACGGAGCGUGCUUUUCAAAAGCAACAAGCCAUUUCAUUGGUUGGUAAAAAAUCAUUGAAACAAAAAACCCGUAAAUCUGUUGUACGUUACACACGUAAUGUCGGACUUGGGUUUAAAACACCCCGUGAGGCAACUGAGGGCACUUAUAUAGAUAAGAAGUGUCCGUUCACGGGCAAUGUAUCAAUCCGUGGACGUAUACUUACUGGUGUAGUCCAGAAAAUGAAAAUGCAACGUACCAUUGUCGUAAGACGUGAUUUUCUGCACUAUGUGCGUAAAUACAGUCGUUUUGAAAAACGUCAUCGUAACAUGAGUGUGCAUCUUAGUCCAUGCUUCAGAGAUGUUGAAAUUGGAGAUGUUGUAACCAUUGGUGAAUGUCGUCCAUUGAGUAAAACCGUACGUUUCAAUGUUUUGAAAGUAUCGAAAAGUACAAGCUCCAAAAAAAGUUUCAAAAAGUUCUAAAAACAUUCAGAACAUGUUCAAUGUCGAGGACUAAAGUGAUUACUCCAUCUCAAUCACUAAUAAUUUAUAAAAAAAAGUUAUAAUAAAAAUUAAAAAAAAAUUAAA